AUGCCAUCGUUUCCCGGAUUACGUCUAAUAAUGUCACGUAGAGCUUCAUCUGGAACAGACGGAACCAAAGGAGUGAAUCGUCCUAAUUUGAUUUACCGAAAAGCUAAAAUAACUGGACGAAGUGUUGAGGAGUUGAGGAGUUCGAAUGUGCCUGUACCUAAAUUUCGUGGUGAGCCAGUGUUUGGUGUGUAUCCCGUCUUGGAAGCGUUCGCGACCGGAGCACGGGAUUUCUUCGGGCUAUACAUGAAGGAUACUGUGCGGGCAAGAUCCAUUAGCGAUGAACGUAUUUCGAAGAUUCUCGAAUACGCACGAACAUUAGGAUUACCAGUACGACGGCUCACACAUUCACAGUUUGACAAAAUCACCGACUUCCAAUUACAUAAUGGAAUCUGUCUGGAUGCUUCACCGCUUCGCUUCAUAUAUAAUGUAUCCGAUACACAGCUCACAUCAAUUUAUCUAGACAAUAUCCUUGAUCCCAAUAAUCUUGGCGCGAUAGCAAGGAGUGCUCUCUUUUUUGGAUGCGCUCAAAUCGCGUGCGCCGAAGGAAGAGGGCCUUCGAGGAUAACACCUUCAAUGAGCAAGGCUUCAUGUGGUGCUCUGGAAUGUUUUCGAGUGACACGUGUCCCUUCAUUCCUUUCUUAUCACAAGGCCCUCAAAUCCGCUGGAGCAGUGUUUAUCGCCACAUCGGACGCGAUUUCCGCUCGAAAAUUCGGAAAACCUACAAUUGAGCUCAACGAAUUGGAAGUGGACAGCGAACAAAAACUCGUGAUUGUCCUUGGUGAUGAGGGACUUGGGAUCUCGGAUGAAGUGAUAAACAACUGCGAUAUUGUGUUAUCGAUUAGAUCUUCAUGCAGAAGAAAAAGUAGUGUAAAUUCACUGAACGUCUCUGUAGUUGCGGGUAUUCUGCUCCAUCACAUAGCUUCUGCCAGACAAAAAUCGAAAAAAUAG